GAGUCGUAGAGCAGCUUGCAAUGCUCUGAAAGUAAAGAUAAAGCGUAAUAAUAGAAGUAUUAUAAUAUAUGCUGAAACUGUUAGCCAACAAUUGUCGUAUAGCAAACAUUUCUCGAAUUUGGACAAGAACCAUGGGCAGCAAACAUGUAGAGAAUGAAGACAACAAGCUGGACACAUUUCGACGCGUCUGUGAUGAAAUAGCAGCUGAGUCGAGCUACCUACGCAAGGUUGAGAAACUGGAGCUCUUUUUCAAGAAAGGAAGCAGUGGUGACGGAUUUCAGGGCGACCUGUUGCAGUGGGUGCAGUUUCUCAUACCAGACUCCACACAACGUGUUUAUAAUUUGCAAAACAAGGCGUUGCUCAAGUUGUUCGCACGCAUCUUCCAUGUCGACCAGCAGGAAAUGCAUCUGGACUUGGAACAAGAUGGAGACAUUUCCGAAACCCUUCGCAAACACUUUGCCACCUCCAGCAAACUGAAGCCACAAACCCAAAGUAGACUCUACUUACAUGAGGUGGAAAAGAUGCUGUGUCAGCUGGAGCAGCGCACAAAGGAGGAUGAGCAAACGGAAGUUUUGCAAAAGUUGUGUAAGCAGGCUACAGAUUUAGAUUUGCGCACGUUCAUCAGGCUGAUCAAACAGGAUCUGCGAAUUAAUGCACGGGCACGGCAUAUUCUGGAUGCAUUUGGACCACAGGCAUAUCCAGCGUAUCAGAGCUCUCGAGACCUCGCAGCUAUUGUACAGAAUUUUGCUGGCAAGGAAGGCACGUCUCUCAAAACUCCUAUAAAGACGACAGCAAAAAAGGCGAAGAAGGAAACUAGUGCUAUUCAGGUAAUGACGCCCAUUUCGCCCAUGCUGGCCAAUGCCUGCAAGUCUGUAGAGGAAGCGUUCAAAAAGAAUCCCGGCGGCCUAUAUAGCGAGAUCAAAUAUGAUGGCGAAAGAGUACAAAUUCACAAAAAGGGCGCCGAAUUCAAGUUUUUCAGUAGAAAUCUGAAGCCAGUGAUGGAUCACAAAAUCAAGGACCUAAAGGAUUAUAUACCACGCGCCUUUCCUGGUGCCGGUGAUAUGAUACUUGAUUCAGAAAUCAUUCUGGUGGACACAGAAACGGGCGCUUUGCUUCCCUUUGGCACAUUGGGUGCGCACAAGAAGCAUACCUAUGCCAAUGCCUCGAUUUGCCUCUUUGUUUUUGACUGCUUGCUCUAUGAUGGCGAUGAUCUGACCCAGCUUGCAUUUUGCAAACGUCGCGAGAUUCUAGAGCAAAACAUUCAACCCAUCAAGUCCCAUGUGCAACUGUCCGAAUCGGAGUUCUUGAAGACCAAAAACGAGUUGGCACUGAUGACCGCUAAGGUGCUUCAAGCCAAUCUGGAGGGUGUUGUGCUCAAGAGUCCCAGCAGCACAUAUCAGCCGGGCAAACGUAACUGGCUCAAAGUAAAAAAGGAUUAUCUUUUUGGGGGAAAAAUGGCAGACACAGCCGAUUUGGUUGUUCUGGGCGCUUGGUAUGGCUCGGGCAAGAAGGGCGGUGUACUCAGCAUCUUUCUAAUGGGCUGUUAUGAUGCACGCGACCAUCUCUGGAAGACGGUUACCAAAGUGCACUCUGGCCUCGAUGAUGCCACCAACGAUGAGAUCCAUGAAUCACUGAUGAAACUCACAGAGCGCGCCGAUGCGAAUAAAAUUCCUCAUUGGCUACAUUGCAAAAAAUCACUGAUACCCGAUGUGCUAGCCAAGACGCCGGAGAAAAUGCCAGUGUGGGAAAUAACGGGCGCAGAGUUCACACAAUCGGAGGCGCACACUGCAGGCGGCAUUUCUAUUCGCUUUCCGCGCAUCACGCGUCUGCGCAGCGACAAAUGUGCCAAAGAAGCUAAUGAUCUGGCACAUCUGGAACAGCUUUAUGCAGCAUCUAAAAACAAUGUGAACGUGGAUCUGCUGCUGGCCAAUUGUAAUGCGGACAGUGAUGACGCCCAGCCCAAUGGACUAAACCUGGAAAAGACGCCGCAAAAAGGCAAGUGUUCCAAGGAAACGGCAAGCAGUAGCAAGAAAGGUAAAAGAUCCAAGAGCGGCGGCUCUGAUGAUGAGCAAGCAACACCAUCAAAGGGUCCACGAAAAAUGGCCAAGAUGGAACCGUCCCCAGCGGCAUCUAAAGGAAGUCUGAUGGAUUUCUUCAAACCAAAGAAAGCAACACCCGUUGUAAAAGUAGAAAGUAAAUCAUCCGAAGAUCUUAUAGCGGAAGAUAAGAGCGAGGAUAGUAAUUUAUUUAGAGGCCAGGUUGCAUACUUUGCAGCGGAUGCGGCGCAAUCCAAGCACAAGGAUGCAUUCAUACGAAAUGGUGGCAUCUUGACUGAAAAUUCAAGGGAGGCUACAUUAGUAUUCCAUAACACAACAAAAAAUGUAGAUUUGGCGGAACUGAGACCCCUCUACCGUCGCAGCUGCCGUCAUCUCAACGUGAAAUGGCUUGAGGAAUCGGUACAGGCCAAGAAACUGCAGCCGUAUCCGCUCUAUGCGUUGGUUUUAAAGGCUUAGCAUUGCUGUUUAGUUAUUGUU